AUGGACUUCUACGAGGCGGUGCGACGUGGAAAGUUGGAUGAGGUGAAGAGGAGGCUGGAUGGUGACAAUGCACUACUGGGCAAUAGAUUUACGAGGUUCGAGGAAAAUGCUGUCCAUGUGGCGGUGGUUGCUGGACAGGAAAAGAUUGUUUCAGAGUUGUUGGGGCGAAUAGGAGAUCUAGAAUUGCUGGAAAAAAGAAACAGUUACGGUGAAACGGCUCUUACUCUCGCUGCUGCAAGAGGGAAAAUGCGUAUUGUCAAGAUGUUAGUGGAGAAAUACGAGAGUUUAGUGGAAGUAAAGAAUACUCAAGGACGGUUACCUGUUGUUGUGGCUGCUCUUUACGGCCACAAGGCCAUAGUUCAUUAUCUUUAUUCCUAUACUCUGCUUGAAAACUUGCUUGUAGGAGAGAAAGAGAGCAACCAGGCUAAGAAGCAAACAGGUUAUGAGCAAAACUACAACUUCAAGCUUGAGAGUAAAGAUCUGACACAGGUUUCAAGUAGCCUUGAUAAUGAAGCAAUUUCCUAUGGAUAUUCAAGCAAGAAUAAUUUGUUUGUGCUUUUCAAAGCAUGCAUCACGACUGAUAUUGCUUUGGAGGUUUUCAAGGCAUGUCCUGAACAAUGCAUUGAAGAAAUGAAGGAGGAGAAAGCUCCAUUGGAGUACGAGAAGAAAUACAUGGACAAUCACCAACCAGCUCGUACAUUGUUGCGUGCAAUAAGCAAGGAAUUGUUGAGUUUAAAUGAAUACCAUACUAAGACCAUAGCAACAGUCUUGGGGAAGCCAAUGCUGAUGGCUAUUUUAGAAGAAAAUGUAGAUUUUGUCGCAGUAAUUAUAAAAGAUUGCCCUGAUAUGCUGCGGAUUGAGAUCGAUGGAUUAACACUUUUUUCAUACGCAAUUUCAAAAGGUCUUCGAAAAAUCUACAAGUUUGCAUGUACAAGGCCUGAAACGGGACUUUUAGCAACCGUACUUCCCGAUCGCGAUGGUAACACUAUCCUUCAUCAAGCUGCAAAGUUAUCAUUGUCCCAAUCUCUCGGUCCAGCUAUAAAGAUGCAGAUAGAGCUACAACGAUUUAAGGAGGUGGAGAAGAUGGCACCUAUGUGCAGAACAGUAGUGAACAAUAUGAACCAAACUCCAAAAGAUUUAUUUAUAAUAGAACACAAGGAACUUAAGAAAAACGCACGAGACUGGUGGAAGGAUAUAGCAACAUCUUUUUCAGUAAUGGCAACCCUGGUUGUGACGAUAAUGUUUGCUGCAGCAUUCACAGUUCCAGGCGGCUAUAAAGAGGAUACCGGCAUUCCUAUAAACUUGCAAUCAAAAUACUUUACUGCUUACAUAAUUUCAGAUGCAUUCUCAUUGUUCCUUUCCUGCACUUCAGCUAUGAUAUUCUUGGGGAUUCAUACAUCGCUUUUCAGAGAAGAUGAUUUCAAAGACAAUUUGUUGCUGGCUUUGAUAUCCGGCCUUCUCACUCUCUUCCUGUCCAUUACAAUGAUGUUCGUAACUUUUGGUGCUGCCUUAGUCAUAAUGUUGGGCGAGCGCUUUGUGUGGAUCCCUAUACCAGUGCUUAUGUUAGGAAGUCUUCCAGUGUGCAUUUAUGUAAGACUGCAUGUUGGGAUCUUCAUGCAAGUUCUCCGGUUGGCCUUCCUAAACCCAACAAAUUAA